AUGGGGGCCCCCAAACUGCUGCUGCUGCUGCUGCUGCUGCUGCUCUGCCGCUGCACUCCUCUGGGGGGCCCCCUAGGGGCCCUCCCAGGGGGCCUCCUGAGGGCCCCGCUUUGGGGCCCCGUCGGCUGCCUUCUCGGGGUCCUGCAGGGCUGGGGCCCUCCCGGGGACCCCCAGGGGGGCCCCCCUGGAGGGCCCCCUGGGGGCCCCCUGGGGGGCCCCCAAGAAGGCCUUCUGGUGGGAACUUUGGGGGCCCCCCUCCAAGAUGAUGAAGAACCCUUUGAGUGGGAGUGGGGGGGCCGUCGGUGUGCGCUGUGUGAAGCCUGUCAGGCCGUGGCCGAGCUGCUGCUCUGCAGCAGCAGCAGCAGCAGCAGCAGCAGCAGCAGCAGCAGCAGCGUGUGCUCGCUGACCCUUCCUUACCUGCUGGGGGGCCCCCAAGGAGAUGCUGCUUUUGUCCAUUUGGCAGCAAAAGAAAAAGAGACACCUGAGGGGUGGCUGAAGAGACAGAGGCACCUCAUUUGUGAGGGAGGCCUCAUGCGCUACUACGCCCAGCAGACAGAGGAGCUGCACGAAGCAACCUUAAGAACAGCUUGUCACGACACAUUUAAAGAGAAAGAAGAGUUAAUUAUGAGUCUAUUUUACCAGCAGCAGCAGCUGCCUGAGUCAGCGGACGCAGCAGCAGCAGCAGCUGCUGCUGCUCCUGCUGCAGCAGCAGCCGCUGCUGCUGCGAGCGAAGACAGCAGCGCAGCAGCAGCAGCAGCAGCCGACGACGAAGCUGCAGCUGCAGCAGCAGCAGCAGCAGCAGCAGCACUGUGCCAGCCCUCGCCCUGCUCCGCUCUGUGGGGAGAAGCAGAUUCUCCCAUUUUAAGGCUUUCUCAAGAAAAACACAAUUUGAAAUUAUCUCUUUUGUUUUUGGAAAAAAACAAAUUCAAUCCAGGUGUACAGACACUCCAGUCGGGCCUGCAGCUGCGCUGGCUCCACAGAAGGCCAGAGCUGCACGCAGAAGACCCUUUCCCAAGUCCUCGGGUGGCCCGUGCACAUGCAGCAGCAGCAGCAGCUGCUGCUGCUGUACAGGCACUGCUGCAGCGGCAAGACCUGCAGCCCAAAACACCGCUGCCAGUGGACGGCAACAGCAGCAGCAGCAGCAGCAGCAGCAGCAGAUGCGUGGGUGACCCUCAGGGACUCUGUUUGCGACACUUUUGCUUUUUCUUUGGAGGCGAUGUUAACAAAUGGAAUUCUUUUAUUCAGCACUCAAAAGUCUGUAAGAAUUGA